AUGGGCUUAUCACAAUGGAUUCUAUGGCUUUCUUAUUUGAUAAGUAAUCUUAUCAAACUAUCAGUAAAUGUAAUUGUUUUAUCCGUACUUUAUUAUGUUGUUACACCAAAAAGUGAUCCAACCAUAGCAUUCGUUUUAUUCACUCUUUACGCAUUCAAUGUGAUAUAUAUGGCAUUUGCUGUUUCAACCUUUCUUCAUUCAGGUGCUGCUGCAAUGCAAAUUAUACCAUUUAUAUGGGUGACACUGUAUGGUUGGCAUAUGCUCUUCAAUAUAAAAGAUUUAAUUUCACCUUUCUCACCUGCAAUCCGUUUACUGAACUCACUAAAUCCGGAUAUUGCUCUCACAUACGCAUUAGGUUUUAUGUGUCAACAUGAAACACUCGGCUCCGGAGCGUCUUGGUCUCAGUUAUUUACAAAUCCAACACCGGAUGAGCCCCUAACAUUGGGUCACUUCUUCCUGAUGCUUAUCAUUGAUGUUACUAUUCUUGCUAUCAUAACCUGGUAUGUUGAAGCAGUGAAUCCUGGCUUUGAUGGAGUACCACAGAAACCAUAUUUCUUCGUGCAACGAUCUUAUUGGUGUGGAACGAAUGAAAUUCAAAAUUCGAGUAAACAUCUCCGAUCUGUUUCCAAUGAUUCAUCAAACGUCGAUUCUUCAUUCAUUGAAACUGCACCAAAAACUUUACAUGCUACUGUGGAAAUCGUCGAUUUGUGCAAAACUUAUCAAAAACCAUUUCUGCAUAAACUUCUAUAUUGUAAUUUUACUAAGAAGAAAACAAAGGCUGUGAAUCAUUUGUAUACGAAAAUGUAUUCCGGUCAAAUAACAGUCUUAUUAGGACAAAAUGGUGCUGGCAAAAGUACCAUAUUUUCCAUUCUUACAGGUAUUCUACAACCAAGUAGCGGUACCGCCUAUAUUGAAGGUUAUGAUAUCCGGAAAGAAUUGCCAGAAAUUCAAACUCGGCUUGGAUUUUGUCCACAGUACAAUAUUAUUUUGGAUUGCUUGACAGUUAUAGAACAUCUCAAGUUCUUUUGCAAGUUAAAAGGACGUAAUUGGCAGGCGGAAGAAGCAAAUGACAUAUUACAUAGGCUUAAAAUUGACCAUAAAGCACAUGUUUAUGGACACUAUUUAUCCGGUGGUCAAAAGCGUAAAUUAUCUCUUGCAAUUGCGCUCAUUGGUUACUCUGAAGUUGUCUUAUUGGAUGAGCCAACUUCCGGGAUGGAUCCGGAUGCACGUCAUGAAACGUGGUCAUUACUUCAGGAAGAGAAGAAAAGGCGUACAAUACUGCUUACAACACAUUACAUGGAUGAAGCGGAUAUUUUAGGCGAUCGGAUAACAAUCGUAGCUUAUGGCGAGUUACAAUGUACUGCUGGUGAAUAUCGAUUAACGAUACUUUAUAAUGAGGAUAAGAAAGCAGAUGAUUAUGCUACGGUAGUAUUGAAAACUUUAGCUUUACUUCGUCAAUUCAUUCUUGGUGUGAUGAUUCAUUCAUCGAAUGGUUUUGAAGUUACCUUUUUGCUACCAGCAGAUCAGCGACAUAACUUUCCAAGCUUAUUUCAACAAUUGGAAGAAAGCACAGAUUUGCUUGGAAUCAGUACAUUUGGUGUAUCGGUGACAACAAUGGAAGAAGUUUUUUUGAGGGUAUGUCAACAUGCUGCUGAAAAAUUGCUGCCUAUACUUGACAACGACAUUCCAGAAGACAGGGAUCGUCAUUUUGAAGUUUCCGAAGUUAGAUAUGAAAAUCGAUUACAAGGUUAUUCAUAUCAUCUGCAACAUUUCCGAGCAAUGUUCUACAAACGUUUUGCAUAUUUCUUCCGAAAGCGCACAUUCUUCCUGCUUGAAUUAUUGUUCCCCGCCAUUUGUAUGUUACUUAUCAUGGAAGCCUGCAUGAUGAUACCAGUACCAAAAGAACAGCCUAGGCUUCCUAUCAACUUUCAACCCUAUUGUAGUGGUGGAACCAAUGCUAAUAUUAAUAUUAAAAAUACAACAGCUGCAUAUUUUCAAAGAAUCCUUCCAGAAGUAAUCCAAGAAGCAGCUUCUAUAAAUGCCAUGCACAAAUAUCCGUUCCAUUUGGCUGUCACAGAUGAUAUCACCAAAGAAUUGAUUGAAAAUUUGGAUCAACAAAAAGAUCGUAGCUUUGGUUUACAUAAUCCAGUCGCGUACAAUUAUUUUAGCGAUUUGUUUGCUCAUGAUUGGUUCAUCGCGAUGUUCAAUAAUUACGCACUACAUUCUCCUCCACUAGCGGUUAAUCUUGCCGAUAUAGCAAUUAUAAGUAAAAGUAUUCAACGAAAUAUUUCCAUACAGGUCAGCAACCAUCCAUUACCUCCAACAGCUACAGAUACUCUCAAAAGUCAAGAUGUCAUUAAUCAAGCAGCAUUGACAGUUGGUUUUGCAGCUAUCAUGUCAUUAAGCGCCGUAGUUGCAAGUUUCAUAAACUUCAUUAUAUAUGAAAGAACGACAAAAUCUAAACAUAUGCAGGUAUUGUAA